GUGCCGCGUCUCUGCUGUCUGGUACACUUGAGUCACUCACGACACCCUCCUGGCUUGAUGAUGGGGAUUCGAUCACUGUCUCUCGUGCUUCCUCUGGCAUGUUCGCCGGCGGAAUCUUUUGUCCUGCCUGCGACAAGGUUGCGGUCCGUUGCGCCGCUGCGACUAGAUUGUGACGUGCAAUACAGCAGAGGUGCGGCCAGGAGCGGAACUGACGCUGCGGUCAAGGGCAGGGAGCGUUUCAUGUCAAUGGAGCUGGGGCUCAACCCUGUCAAGCAUCGAUGUUCAUGCCAACCCGUGGGCGCACACCGCUCCAGGUCUCUACCCCUGAGGAGCAAGCAGGUGCAGGCAUCAGCGGAGGAAACCAAUUUGUCGGCGGAUCCAACCCAAGAGACGUUACCCGAGUGCAUAUCGAACGAUGCCGUGUCCUACUGGGUACACCCGGCAAAGGAAUCACACAUCUGGCUUGUGGGAGUUGUCCACGGCGCCAAGUCCGGGGUGCAGUUGGUGGAGGAAGCGAUCGGAGGGAUCAGGCCAGAAGUCGUCAUGGUGGAGCUAGAUGCGGAUCGCAUUUGUGUGCUGCCCCCAGGGGAGGCAAUGGAGACCCGAAACGGCCUUUGGUGGUGGGCACCAGAGGAAGAACCGGAGGGAUCAGCUGACGUAGAUGAAGAUGGCGAUGAAGACGGAGAAUAUGCGGAGGACGACGAGGACGUGGACGACGAGGAAGAAUCAGUUUCACCCAUGAUUGAAAUCCAGACUGCAGUACGCGAAGCGGGAGCGUGUGGUGCGAGAGUGCUCCUCGGAGACAGGGACUACGAGACGACGGGUCGUCUACUGGAGAAAGCGAAACGGGCGGACAUGGCUAGCGCAAAGGAGAGGAAAGAGUUCAAUGAUCUUACGACCAGCUUUGAUUGCGAGGUGAUGGCGAAGAACUUGAUGAAGCUGCGGGGAGAGCAGACGACGGUAGCGGUGAUCGGAAUGGCACACCUUGAUGGCGUCGAGAAAGUGUUGAAGGGUCACGGCUGGCAGCGUAGACGGGCGUAAGCGAAUCAACCCCAAGAAAUAUCAGCGGUGCACCCAGUUCUCAUACUCCCGUACGGGGCUUGUAGCAUGGUGCCAGCCAGUGGUGUUCUCAAGGAACUGUGGAAUUGUGGUUGUUGUUGUUGUUGUUGUCUUCACAUUAAAAGCCGUUCCGGUC